AUGCGCUCGGCCAAGCGCGUUCGCCUCUUCAGCAAUCUCCGAGCCUCUGCAAGCUUUGGAAGAGGGGAGCAUCAGCGCCUUGCGAGCUUUCCUGCUUUCUUGGCUCCAGCAUGGUCCGGCGACGGACAAGCCUCACCGACUCGUCGUGCUGGCGCGGACGAGAGCGGGGAAGGGGGUCGAAGGACGACACACCUCUCAAGCCCUCUUAAAGCCUAUCGCUUCUUUGACAAGACGACCCUUAAGGACUGGACACCCCAUGGCAACGAUGCGAACGAGACGCGACAGAAUUCUUACGCUUCCACAUCCAAGUUUGGCGGAUUGCUAUCUGCUUUUCAGGAUGCGAUAGGUGCUAAAGAUGCCGAGAGGAUAUUGGAGCUCUACCCAGAGCUGACAAAGCUUCGAGCUAGCGGCCGGAAGGUUCCUCUUAGACCCAAAGAGCUGCGAUCGGCUGUCAAACUGCUCGUCUUGUCGAUGCGAAAGAUGGAUGCUGAGUUAGCAAAUUUUGUCAUCAACACGUACGAUGACUUUGCUAUGAGAGAGAUAGCGAUCAACAAGGUGAAGGCGGUGGCUCGCACAGCGCAGCUCAUGUUCCACGACAUGAAGUCCUUGUGGGAGUGGGAGGUGAUCCCGCCGGACAUUCAUGAACAGCUAAGGGUGCGUGCAGCUUCGGCCAAUGCGAACAGCUUCACCCCGCGACAAGCCCUCCUCGAUCUUUUGGAGUCUAGGGCGACCUACGGACUGACGGCUCAGCCUGAAGACUGGUACGUUGUGCUGGAAUUUGCUGCUCGGAAGCGGGCUCCUCAGGUGGCUCGGGCUGCUGUUCGACUCGCACGCCUUGCAGGAGCACAGCUGGACAGCAAUUGCAGAGACCGAUAUUUACAGGCUCUCUUCACCUCUCCUCGUCAACACCAUCGCGCUCUCAAGGCUUCUUGUGGUACUCAGCAAUCAGGCUUCAGCUUACUGCCGCUCAGUUCGCAAAGCACUUCAUCCCUCAACAUGUUCGUGAAGGGAGCGACAAACGCAGGGCUCGCUGCUGAACCUCUCGUGAGACAAGCCGCCACAAUCCUGCACGAAACGCUUCUAAGGCCAACAAGCGAGAGCGCACCUCCGCUUUGGCGUUCAGUCCUGGAUCACGCUUCGAUGGCCGGCAAGGAAGCGGGGGAAGUGGAGUACAUGUUCUUGGAGGCCAUCAAGCACCAGCGUUUGCCAGGCUGCGACGAAGACACGUACCACACUUUGCUCUCAGCGCAUCUCUUCGAUUUAUCGACGUCAAGCAGCGCUACCGAGGAAGAUGUCGUAUCGAUGUUUGAACACCUGGAGCAGCUCACCGGGAUCUCCGCGGGCGUUGGUGCAUACACUCGAGGGAUGUCAUCGUUGCUGGGCAGAUUUUCCGCAAAGCAGGCUCGAUAUGCUCGUCAGCUCUGGCCCCCAGCGCCGCAUCGCCUGCACGAAGCGCAGCUUCUCUACGAACGAUACAAGGCUGCUAGGCUGCCUAUCGUUCCUCAGCUAGUUCAUCCCCUUCUGGAUGCGUACACAUGCACCUUUGUCCCAAGCAUGGCCAUCGCUUUCGCCCUCUAUGAUGAUCUGCGAAAAGCAUUGACCUCGCCGGUGCCCUCAUAUAUCCACGUCACACUACUCAAGGGCUGCAUAAAUGCCAGGGAUCAUGUUCGUGCUUUGAAGCUGCUGCAGCAGAUGCGAGUCGAUGGAGCGCACCUGGAUAUAGGCAUGCGGGAGAAGACGGCGAUUUCGCUGAUGAAUACUGCGACCUCAUUUGGACAAGCUUUUGAUUGCUAUCGAGCAGUCCAUGGGCUUUGGAAAUCUGGGUAUCCGAGCGACCCGCAUCCUUUCACAUCGCAAGGAUGGACUUCGUUGUUAGAUGUCUCCAGGAGGCUAGCUUGGCGUUGGGCCGGCACGACGAACGAGUACGAGCGGCCUUUUGAAAAGCUUACGCGGUCCUUUCGGCCUGCUGAACCUGUACCUGCCGAGCUGAUCGCAACACUGUUUAGAGACAUGAAACGCACCGGUCAUCGACCAUCCUCGAGAGCCAUCACGAUGCUUUUGGAUUACUUUGCAAAAGCAGCUUCUCUCCUUGGAGCAUCGACUCGCCCUGUACGGCGCGUGGGUUCGACGCGAGCCAGACUGGAAACGAUCAGUUCGGCAGUGAUGGCGCUGGAUCAUCUGCUCCAGACCGACGGAUCCAUCGAACACACCAUGUCCAUGCUGACGGCGCUCAUGGACGCUCACAGUCGCAUAGGUCAACCUACACGAGUUUUAGAAAUUUGGAGGCGUCUAGUUCUGAUCAGAGCGCCCUUGACCACCGCUUGCCUGUGCGUCAUGCUGGACACGUGCGGCUUCUGGAAGCAUUUGCCAGACUCUCGAAGAGCCUUCAAAUGGGCAAGGGAACACUCGCCGGAAGCUGUCAACAAGAAUGCCUGGGACGCUUGGUUGGAGUGUCUUUGUCGCAAUAACCGCACAGAGGAGGCUAUCGAGGUGGCCUUUGAAAGCAUGCCCUCAGGCCUCCGAGCGCACCAGAAAACAACAUCGAACGACAUUGCUGAUUCGCCAAGGUCGAGUCUGAAUGACAGCGCUAUUCCGACUUUGGCCAGUCCAGAUGCUACGACGUUUGAGAUGCUGCUGCGCUUCACUGCUAGGGAUCGCUCGGUCCUCAUCCAUCAAGGCGUGCAGCCCUCAAAUCGCAAGUGGUCAGAUCUGUGCCAGCGUAUACAAACAGAGUAUCCGGACGUCUGGUCAGAGAUCGACGUGAACGCGAUCGGCGUCUGA